CUCGAUCUCUCCGGCAACCGACUCAUCUGCCUUUCCACGCCGACGCAAGCGAGCCGACUCGUGCCCCCGUCUCUUCUGCCCGCCCGGCUCGACUGGCUCGAUCUGGCCGACAACCGACUCACCCACCUCACGCGACGCCUCGUCGCCAGCCUCUUGUCCGGACGUCGAGGCGCCACCCUCCCCUUCCAGCUCAACAUCUCCGGCAACCCCUGGCGACAGAUUGACCCAGACGCCUUCUGCCCAUUCACCCCCAAUCCCGCCCAGCCCCAGCCGCAGCCCGGCCUCGAGCUCGACGCCGAGCUCGACACUGCCGCCACCUCGCCGCGCCUCGUGCUCACCAUUGGCCCGUCGCCAGUCUCGCCGACCGGCUGGCGCUCGGCCGUCGCCGUCUGGCAUGGCAGCGCGGCAUGGCCCAACGGCCCGCUAGCCCUCAUCGGCCCUGGCAACCUCUUGCGCGGCCUGCCGCUCGACGAGGCCACGCCGCGCCGAGGGCCCCAGGCCGACCUGGUCUACGGCGACCCCGAAGCCGAAGCGGUCUGUGCCCGUCUCGCUCGCGCCUCCGCCGACGGCGAGGCCAAGGCCAAGUCCGCGGCCGAGGCCGACGCCGAGGACGUGCGUCUCGGCUUAGCUUCGCCGGUCGAGGUUGCGGCCUCUUUGGCCUCGGACUGCCCUCGGCUGCCCGUCCACGAGCUGACCGACUGGCAGCUGGCCCAGCUCGGCUUGCCGGCCGGGCUUCACGACCUGUUGCAGCUUCGUCUGGUCGACACGGAAAGCACGUCUCGUUUCUAUCUGCUCGUGAUCGUGGCCGUCUGCAUCGCUUUUCUGCUCUCCGCCCUCACCGUCAUCAUGUGCUACCGGACGUGGUCGCGACGCGCCUCCGUCAAGCCGAGCCCGGGCCGACGACUCGCCGCCGAGGCCGGACUCCGCCAGUCCGCCGGGCCACCGGUCAGGCCUGAGCGGAACCCGCUGCUGGGGUCAGACGCGCAGUCCGGCGGCAACCGGCACAGCCCGCAAAGCCGGCCCACCAACCCCAGUCCCCGCCACACGCCGGGCUCGAGCUCGAGCUCGAGCUCAGACUCCACUCACUCCCAACCGGCAACAGCGGCGGCAGCACAGCCGCCACCGGCGGCGGUCGGACGUAGCAUUCCCGCGGGCCCGGCCUACUCCGUGGACGCCAAUCCGGGCGUGUUGAUGCGAAGGCCCAGGUCUGAACCGGACAUUUCAGACGCGAUUGGCGUGCCCACAAUCAAGGCACUCGGCGUCGUGUAG